AAAACAAAGAAAAGACAUGAAUAUGCAUUGCUUAUGGAUCAUAAUAAAUUAGGCAAAACUUUAUCUGAUAUUGAUAAGGUAAUAAAAUCUGAAUAUGCAAGUCUAAAAAUUAGUGAUAAAGAAAAUGAUGUUGAUCAUCAAAAAAAACAUAAAAGAAGUUCAUCUAUAUUGUGCAUUAAUGUUAAUGAACAUCAUAAAAAAUUUGAUGAACUAAAAAACCAAUUAUCUGCUGCAUCUAAUUCAGAUGAUGUUGAUAAUAGUAUCUGGCCAGCUUGGGCCUUACCAAAUGAUUAUGAUAAUACUAAACUUGAUUCUGAACCUGAUGAUAAGGCUAUUUCUUAG